AUGGUUCUGGAUCGCGUUGGUCUAGGCGACGAGAAAUCUUUCGGCAAGAUCAUAUCGACCUCAAAAGAUCUCUCGGAUAAAAAACACGAUCUCCAACAAGCCAGUACUCCUGGCGCACUCGCCUCAAACAGCGUCAAGACAGUUCGAGAAGUGACGCGUGCUGCAUUCGGCAUCUAUGGCGACCAGCAACAUCUCGUUGACGCCAUCAAAAAGCUGACUGAGCUCGACGGUAUUAGCUUUCCCGUCGCGACUCUCAUCCUAGUAGAGUACGACCCUGUCAACAUCCCGUACUUCACGAAUGCAUGUACAGAUGGCUGCAGAAAGACGACGCAAGGGACAGGAUUUGGUAUAGGAACAUCGACUAUACCAUCUCUAAAUUUCUCAUCGAAAGAUAAGGGGGACAUUCAAGCAACAAAAUGGAGCCGAAAGUCAUAA